AUAAAUUUGAUCAUCCUUCCUCGCCAUCGUCUCUUGCUAUCCAACCUUUCCCUCGGACUGCAGGCGGAAAAGCGCUCCACAGCUACCUUAGCCUACUCACUUUCGUUUCUCCUCGCAGCCAUGUCUAAGCGUAAGGUUAGAGAGGUGAAGGAGGAGCCUGCUAGCCUCGGACCUGCAGUGAAGGAUGGAGAGGUUGUUUUUGGCACUGCUCACAUUUUCGCAUCAUUCAAUGACACCUUCAUUCACGUGACUGAUCUCUCUGGAAGAGAAACUUUGGUUCGCAUUACUGGUGGUAUGAAGGUGAAAGCCGAUAGGGAUGAGUCAUCUCCUUAUGCUGCUAUGCUUGCAGCACAGGAUGUUGCUCAACGAUGCAAGCUAAUACACAUUGCAAAACAGGAGCUUGGCAUCAAUGCUCUUCAUAUAAAGCUCAGAGCUACAGGAGGAAACAAGACCAAGACUCCUGGCCCUGGUGCUCAGUCAGCACUUCGGGCUCUUGCACGUUCUGGCAUGAAAAUUGGUCGUAUCGAGGAUGUGACUCCGAUCCCCACGGAUAGCACUCGCAGAAAGGGAGGCAGGAGGGGUAGGAGGCUGUGAAUCGUCACUUGCUCUUUUCAUCUUUAUGUGGUUGUCCCUUUUGUGUGGUAGUGUUUUGGUGUUGGAUCUUUCUUUGCGGUUCAAAAUGUUUAGUUGCAAACAUUUUAUUAUCCAAUUUUGUUGUUUGAAGUGUCCUUGUUCUCGACUUUCACAGAACAAUCUUGUUAUCCAUGCUUAAGCAGAUUAGCUUAUAGUGGGUUUACAACCAGAUUGAUGGCCUAGUUGACUUGUUGCAUAUUAGUUUUGGUUUUACUUAACACGUGGAGUUGGUGCGCGGCUUGUUCAAUGGUGAAUGAUCCAUGAUUCUGAAAAGUCAGAUUUAGUACGAUGU